CCUUAUCAUCUGACAACCCUAGGAAAAGUUGUGCUAAAGACGCUUGUUUAUUUUACUAAUUUACGAGGACGAGCGAUACCAUGCCCGAGUACAUGCUGUGCAGAAUCUGUCUGGCAGAGGACAACUCGGAUGCCAUGACUCCACUUUUCGAAGAGGACGACCAGUGCCGGGAGCUGGUGCGGAAGAUCGAGGAAGUAGGCAGCAUCAAGCUGGUGCCGCUGCAGGACAUACCCAGCAUGUUGUGCUACAGCUGUGUUGACAGGCUGACCAACGCCCACAAGUUCCGGGAACUGUGCCGCGAGAGCGAGCGGACGUUCUCCACCAAUGUGGUCAAGGCCGAGAUGAAAUCUGAACCCACAGACGACGCCGCGCAUAUUGUGACUGACCAUAUUGAGUACAUCUACGAGGCCAGUAACGAAUACAUUGACCAUGAAGAAGAGGAGGACGAGGAGGAAGAGGAAGAAGAAGAAGAGGACAUAGAGAUGGGGGCUAUGCUGGAAGAACGUCUUGAAGAAGGCAUUGCGGAAGCUGAACAUCCAUACGACCUAGAUAACGUCGUUGAUGAGAUGGACGUAAAGGACCUGAUUGGCCCCGCUGGCAGCGACAGCGACUACGAUCCUAGUGAACGAAAGCCCAAGCUGCGCAAAUCAAGAUUAAGCAAGAGGGGACGUGGUAGACCCCGAACUUCCCAUCGCCCCCAAAGCACAGAUAUGGUGUCAGUUCAACUAAACUUCAAGUCCGAAGAGUCCCCCACAAACAUCAUGUGUGAGAUAUGUGGAAACAUUUACUCCAAAAGAGCUGCCUUAAAUAUUCAUAUGCGCCGACACAUGGCAGAAAAGCCAUUUGAAUGCGAAAUAUGCAGCAAAACCUUCGCGGGUCCCUCCGAGUUGAAUCGUCAUAUCCGCGUGCACACGGGGGAAAAGCCCUUCACCUGCAAAUAUUGUUCCCGCAGUUUUGCGGACCGUAGCUCUAACAUACGUCAUGAAAGGACUCACACGAACGAGCGACCAUUUACCUGUUCCACCUGCGGCAAGUCCUUUUCUUACUCUAAUGUUUUGAAGAACCACAUGCUGACACACACCGGCGAGAAGCCUUUUCUAUGCCGUCCGUGCAAUAAAACAUUCUCACGUAAACACCAACUAGAACAACACAUCGGUACGAUGACACACCAACAAACAGUGAGAUCCCACCAGAAAUCUGAACCCAUGCAGCACCCAGAUAUUUACUAGUCCCCUUGCAAUCUAUGUAUAACAUUAUUAUAAAUAGCUAAUGUAAAUAAAAGAGUAC